AUGUAUUUUAAACAUCUUUUCGUUAUUAAUAAUAGAUAUGAAAAGAUGUUUAUUAAUUUAAAUAAUGAAGAAACUUUAUCAGUGGGUAUAAAAAUUGCAAAUUUCUUCAACAAAAAAUUAAAGGAAAGUGAUGAUUUUACUUUAAAUGAGAUUGAUUUUACUUUAUAUUUUGAUUGUUUCAUUGAAACUAGUAAUUAUGAUAAAAAAGAUGUUAUCUCGAUUAUUAAAGAAAUAACAUGCAAAUUCUUUGAAUUAUCUAAUAUGUCAGAGUUUUUAGAUGAUCUUAAUUUAAAAAUUUAUGAAGCCAGAGUUGAACUUUAUGAUAAUUAA